AUGAAACUGCCCACUCUUUGGAAAAAGAAAAGUAAACUGGUAAACACCGCUGCUGGCGAAAGUGAAUCGCACUCCACCCACAUUGACAGCCAGAUCUGCAGUAAUUGCUCGGUUGACAACGACUAUGCUCAUCACCAUCCAUGUCACCAUAAGAACCAUUGUCCGCACACUAUGCCACAAAGUCCAAGUUCAACCAAAACUCCAAUCGUUCAUAGCAACUCACCUAGACGCACCCUAUACAGUGAAUACGACGAUUUGGAAUGUUUCACCAAGCAUCCCUGUCUGGGAGAAGUGCAGACAGCCUCACACUCUAACCUUUCAAGCCGUUUACACUCAUUACCACAUUCACCCAUAAGCUAUUGCGGGUCUUGCUCUCAAACUCAACCUUUUGUACUUUUACAAAAGCCCAUUACUUGCAGUUGCGUCGCGACUCUUGUAGAUCUGAACGACCAAGUCAUCGACAUUGGACCUUCUGAUUCUGCUUGCAGCAUUGCCGCAUCCAACCCGUCUAUUCAAACCAACAUCCUUGGUUCUGAUUUAAAAUCUACAAACUUAAUACAGGGACCUCUGUCUCAAGCCGACGAAAAGUCGGAGAUUUGGAAUGGCCAGGUUCUCUCUUUCAAGUCAACAGAUACAGAUGUUUUAUCAUAUCGGCUUUGCGAUCACACUACUGUUACACUAAGUAGACAGUUUAGCAUGAAUCAAACCAAGAGUGUACGGAGCACACCGGAUUUAAUAUCCUCACCAAAGCACUCGAAUGUGCAGCAUUGGUGCAAUCAAGACUCGGAUGACAACUUUUAUGCUAAAUCUAAUGAUACCGCUGUCGAUCCUCCGGUUCAAUCUAAUCAUACUUUUAUUUCAAGGCGAAAGAGUUUUUUCAAAGGAUUGUUGGACUCCAACACAGAGCCUAAACGCACGGUACGACCAAAAUUGAAUAGCGAACCUAAGCCAUCGCGCUGGACAUUGGCUGAUGAUCAAAAGGUAAAGGAUGUAGGGAACGAUCUCAAUUUUAAAAAGACAACCAAGACUACCGAGUCUAGCAUUCCAAAACCGACAUCGAAAAUAGCAAACUCGCUUUUUCAAUGGUCUAAAAACCCAUUUUCUUGGCUGAAAUCUCAUUCCAGCUGGUGGCAGGCCAACUCGACACGAUCCCCUUUUUGUGCCAACACAGGCCCCGCACCAACCAAAGUAUAUAAAAGCUCAUUUUCAAGCACUCAGCAGGAUCCUUUGCCAGACACUCAACCAUCUACACCUUUCUGCGAUGUAGCGGAGGAAGUCAACACCGACUCGCAUAAACUCAGCCAUCACACUUCUAGCAUGGUGCAGCCUAUUCCAGCUCGUAAUUAUGAACACGGUCUUCAUGUUCCGUCCAUUGGCACAACUCCCAGGAACAAUCUUUCCAAUACUGAGAGUAGAUCACAUCAUCAAUUUGUUGGAUUUAAUCAGAAAACUAGCGUGUUGGAAAUGAUGGAACAACUGGCCGAUAAUCAAUCAAUGAAUGAAAAGAAACUCCGCAGAGGCAGUUUCCAAAGUAAAGGAGCGGAAAUAAUAGCCAAAUCCGGACUUGCUGGAUUUGCUGCUUCUGCUAUGGCGGCAGCAGCAGCAACUGCAACUGCCACCGCUUCUCGAUGA